GCGCCAUGUCGCUCCUCAGCCAAGCAUACGAUAUCGCCUAUAAUCCUAGCAACACGAAAUGGAUAGCGCCUCUACUCCUGGUGGCAGAUGCAGCGCUCUGCGGUAUCAUCAUUGAUAAAGUUGCUUACACAGAAAUCGACUGGACAGCAUACAUGCAGCAGAUCGAGAUAUACCUCAAAGGCGAAAGAGACUAUAAGAAGAUUGUGGGCGGCACGGGACCCCUUGUAUAUCCUGGCGCGCAUGUCUGGAUCUACAAGCAGUUGUACCGGCUCACGGAUCAGGGGCGCGACAUCCAAAGAGCACAAUACAUCUUUGCGCUGAUCUACCUCGCUACUCUGGCGAUUGUGUUCCAAUGCUAUAGGAAAGCCAAGGUCCCACCGUAUGUCUUCCCGCUGCUCAUUUUGAGUAAGAGGCUGCAUAGCAUUUUCAUGCUGAGAUGCUUCAAUGAUUGCUUUGCAGUGCUAGGGCUGUGGGCGGCGAUUUAUUGCUACCAGCGUAAUCAGUGGCAUUUGGGGAGUUUCUUCUACACCACGGGUCUGAAUGUCAAGAUGAGUUUACUGUUGCCCUUGCCGGCUAUGGGCAUCUUGAUGAUUCAGGCGCUGGGUAGCAGGGAGGCCAUUACGCAAGCAAUGAUCAUCUUCCAAGUCUCGGUUCUGUUUGGAUAUCCAUUCAGGAAGCAGAGCUUCAGCUAUUUUGGCCGCGCAUUUGAGUUCACCAGAGCCUUCUUCUACAAAUGGACCGUCAAUUGGCGCUUCGUCUCCGAGGAAACAUUCUUGUCGAAGCCAUUUGCGAUUGGCCUUCUGGCCGUUCAUGCUGGCCUACUGCUGUUCUUCGCCUACACACGCUGGAUCAAGCCUUCUAAACGCACACCUCGCAAUUUUCUUAAACUUGUGUUGCCCGCCCAGGAACCCAGAGACCAGGACACCAUAUCGAAGAGGAUAACGCCUGACUUCAUUAUGACGGUUAUUCUCACGGCAACCGCUAUUGGAAUGCUGUGCGCAAGAUCGCUGCACUACCAAUUUUACGCGUAUAUUGCAUGGACCACACCUUUCCUGUUUUGGAAAGCAGGUUUCCACCCCGUCAUCCAGUAUGCGCUCUGGGCUGCGCAGGAAUGGGCUUGGAAUGUGUACCCGAGUACACCGAUCAGCUCAGCGACCGUCGUUGGAGUGCUGGCUGUGACCGUAGCCGGCGCAUGGUGGGGGACGCGAAACGAAUUCGUGGGCGCGACGAAGGGCAUCAUCGAAGAGGACCAUGAGCAUACAGAAUAAGCUCACUCUUCGUCCGAAUCGGAAGGCGGCAUCUUCCCAACCGUCGACUCCUCCUCGUCGCUGUCCUCGUAGGCGGGCUUCUUGACGAACUCCUUCGGCCUAGCAUAAUCAGCACAUCGAUACAUACCCCAGUCGUAGCAUUCACACUUACCAGUAUGACAUCUUCCUCCACGCCUUCUCGUCCCUCACUAUGUUCACAAUCUCUCCGUCCAGCUUAUUAUCUCUAUCCGCCAACGCAGACGCGUCCACGAUGACAUAGCUGCCCCGCUUUAUCCACACCGU